UAGUUAGUCAGACACCUCGGUAGCUUGCUAGCCAAAAUAUACGAACAAAUAAAGCUCUUUAGAUGCUUUCGUUUUUUUUUAUUAGCCACUGUGUUUUAAAACCACUUCUGUCGUCUAGUUGGUUAGUUAUCCGAUUUAAUUUCAUAUUUACGGUGUUGUUGUUAUUAGUCAGCUGGCGGGCUGGUUAAGUUAGCAUUAGCCUAACUAGCUAACAUCCCCGACCAUGCGGUCACUAAGCUACUCUUCUCCUGCUAAAGAUAAUAUCUGCUGGAUGGAGAAAGAAGCUCUGAUCUUUCUGGUGAAAGAGGAGAAGGAAGCGGAGGAUGUCACACUAAAACAAGAAGUAGAGGAUGAGGCUGUUACAGUGAAAGAAGAGAAAGACGUUACAGUAAAAGAAGAGGAAGAGAAAGGGGAUGAUGCCGUAAUUGGAGUGAAAGAGGAGGAAGGGGAGAUGACUGUCACAUCGAAAAAGGAGAACGAGGAGGAAACUGGAUGGCUGAGGCCGUUUUCCCAAACGCAUCUUAAGGCAUCCAACGAUGAAAUUAGCCGUAAGAUGGUUUUGAGAAACAGCGUCCUGAUUAAUACUAGAGAGAGACGGGACUAUCGUGGAUCCUCUGGGGAGCCUCAACAACCUCAUGAUGCUGACGAGGCAGAGAAGAGUCUCUCCACAUCAGAACGCCUCAAUAAACACCUGCAGAGAUCCACAGGGAAGAGAUCUCACCGCUGCUCCGACUGUGGGAAGAGAUUCACCUCAUCAGGCAUUAAAAUUCACCAGAGAACACACACAGGAGAUAAACCUUAUAGCUGUGGUCAAUGUGGGAAGAGAUGUACUACAUCUGGCCAGCUGACUCAACACCAGAGAACACACACAGGAGAGAAACCGUAUAGCUGUGGUCAAUGUGGGAAGAGUUUUCGUGCAUCUAGAGAUCUGACAGUGCACCAGAGAAUACACGCAGGAGAGAAACCUUAUAGCUGUGAUCAAUGUGGGAAGAGUUUUACUACAUCUAGCAGUCUGACUGUACACCAGAGAACACACACAGGAGAGAAACCUUAUAGCUGUGAUCAAUGUGGGAAGAGUUUUCGUCAAUCUGGAGAGCUGACAGUGCACCAGAGAAUACACACAGGAGAGAAACCUUAUAGCUGUGCUCAAUGUGGGAAGCGUUUUAAUCGAUCUUGCCAUCUGACUCUGCACCAGAGAACACACACAGGAAAGAAACUCUAUAGCUGUGCUCAAUGUGGGAAGAGUUUUCGUCAAUCUGGAGAGCUGACAGUGCACCAGAGACUACACACAGGAGAGAAACCUUAUAGCUGUGGUCAAUGUGGGAAGAGUUUUACUACAUCUGGCCAGCUGACAUUACACCAGAGAACACACACAGGAGAGAAACCUUAUAGCUGUGGUCAAUGUGGGAAGAGAUGUACUACAUCUGGCCAGCUGACUCAACACCAGAGAAUACACACAGGAGAGAAACCUUAUAGCUGUGCUCAAUGUGGGAAGAGAUGUACUACAUCUGGCCAGCUGACUCAGCACAAGAGAACACACACAGGAGAGAAACCUUAUAGCUGUGGUCAAUGUGGGAAGAGUUUUGGUGCAUCUAGAGAUCUGACAGUGCACCAUAGAACACACACAGGAGAGAAACCUUAUAGCUGUGAUCAAUGUGGGAAGAGUUUUACUACUUCUAGCUAUCUGACAGUGCACAAGAGAACACACACAGGAGAGAAAUCUUAUAGCUGUGACCAGAGAUAAUCUGAUUAAAGAUCUCUGACUAAACAUCAGAAAAUACACGAAGCAGUUGUUUCAUGAUAUCAAUGAAAUUAUGUCACAAUGUAGAAUGUUUUAUCAUUGUAGUAGGAGUAUUUUAAUGAUGUCACAAUGUAGAACCCUAAACGUUUGUUCCCUGUUCUAUUGAUUUCAACAUGAUAUGGAUAUUAGCCUCAGGGGGAAAAUCCAGGCUCUGAAUUGAAAGAGUACUAUUUAUGUGAUUUAACAAAAAGUGACUAACACAAAAAGAGCUGUGUUACACCAUGUUGGUGACCCACUUUAAUCAAAAUGCAACACUUCAAAAUGUAGCUAGGUGUUUUCUACAAGUUGUCCUCUAACCAGGGAUGUACACAUUAUUCCCAGGUUCCGUGUGGUUUUUGAGCUGUUAGUUUUAACAGGACGUGCAACCUCAUCUCCCUCCUCUCGGCACAAUUGAUUUUAACAUGAUAUCGAUGAGUGAUGACAAAUAAGUGUUGCGUUCCUUUGUUUAGUGACCCCUACAUUUAAAUGCAUCACUCCAAAAUGUAGCUGACUGUCUUCUGCAGGUUGUCCUCUAAUCAGUGAGGUGAAAGAUAUCUCCCAUUUCCAUGUUUUUUGGUAGUUGUGUUAGUUUCAACAGCACCUACAACCUGAUUUCCCCCCUAAUCGAUAUCAGUGAUUUAUUGCUACUUGUCAAAACAACAGCGUUUCUGGUGCUUGUGCAGUUUAUAAGGUCCUUGUUUAAGUAAUAUGAUUAUUGUGGCAGAUGUUUGUGUAUAUAGCACAUUUUAUAUUUAGGCUUUCAAUUUAUCACAAACUGUUUCUGCAUUUGGACUAUUGAUUUGGACACGUUUAAACUGUGACAUUGGGGAUAUCCCACCUAGCAAAAUGUCGUUGAAAAUAAGACUAUGACCGACAUACAAUAUAAGUUUGGUUUUACUUGAAAGUGUAAAAGAAAACUAUUUAAUUUCAACGUACUCGCAGCUUAUACACAUGGACACAGUAUAAUAAAUCGGUCUAUAAUCUAUUUUAUUAACAAUCCUAAUAAAUUGAGUCAUAAAUGUAGGAUAUAUUUGUUAUCUUAAGGGGGAAGGUGUUACAGUCUUUAAUUUUUCCAUUUAUGUUUGGACAUUAGCAAGUCUAGCUCGUUAGCAAGUAGGACGCACUGAUUGGUGUCACCUCAUUAGUCAGUAUGUGUUACACCUGUGCUGGCUUGUCCAUCUCGUUAGUGGGAAGGUGUUUCACCUGAGCUGGUCCAGGUUCUAUUUAAGAGUGUCUGGCCCAGUGCUCCAGUUGUCUUGAUAGAUGUGGAGAGUCAACACCUUUAGUUGCUCCACCUUUUUGGUUUGCUUCCUGUCUGUAAGUUUGGUGUGGGUUUUUCUUUUGUUUGCCUCUUCUUGGGCAGAUUUAGUGGGUGACUUUUAGGUCCCAGUUGUUGUUACUAGUCAACUUUCAGCUUUUAUUGGAUCAAAUGGUUGUUUUAUGCAACAGAAUAGAGGGUUCUUAGAACUAUUGUGUCUGUGUGUUCUACUGAGGAUGGGCCUCUGGGAGAAAACAAUGACAGGAGAUUUACAAUGUCUUUUGGGUGAUAAAACCUAAGGAGACUGCAUUCCAGAUUAUGAGUUAAUGUUUCUGUUCUAUAUGGUACCAGGGAGAGAUGACCCCAGGGCCAGACCCUGGUCUCUACACAAAGAGUACUGUUUUUACACCAGAUACUGUCUGCUGAGAAUUAUAACUAUCUCUCAUACAAAUCUUAACCUUGAGACCCAUUCUAUACAUCUGUUGUUCAUCAUUUAGGUUGAAAGGGGUGUACCUUGGCUAUAAAAUACCUUUGUACUUUUGUCUCGGGGCUCUCAACGAAUCUCUGGGGGUGAUUUAUCGACCAGCCAUCAUUAUCGUAGAGCACUCAAUUGAUUCACUUUAUAUGUGUGCGUUGUCUUGACCUGCUCCCUUAUUAA